CACUCCUCCUCCUCCUCCUCCUCCUUCACCUCAUCCCCUGCUGCUGCUGCCGCUGCUGCUGCUGCUGCUGUUUGCGUCACUCAGUCUCCUACCUGCCAAAAUCGUAUUCCUGAAGCUCGUAAGGAAGACGAGCUACCAAAGUACUCAAGUUUUCUCUACGGAGAGCAAUUUUGCAGCGAUGAAUUCAGUAGGGUGCCUUCGGCUCAAAAAAGGCACUCCAGCUCAGUCUUUGGAGAGGCUGCAGAGGACAAAUAUAUUUCUACUAACUAUUAUAAAAAACCCAAGACAGGAGAAACCUCGCAAUCGGUGGAUGAUGGCAGCACUUCCACGUGUUCUGAAGAGGAAAAGGACUACGCACUUCAGGCUAAUGCCAACCGAAAACCCUUUUCUCCUCAACCGGUUUCUACCUCACCGAACAAUCUAAUUUCCAGAGAGCCACCCUUAAGUCAUCAAUUCUUUGGCUAUCCCACCGUUCCUCCUCUAAAGCCUCCACAGUCUAGGAGAACGGAUUUUCAACAUCACCAACAUCAUCAUCAUAUUCCACUCUCUCUAAGAGGGGAAAUGAAUAGCCAGAAUUUUUUCAACAGCCUUAAACCACAGGCUACCUUUUCUCACGGCCAUGACGACGAAAAUGAGACUGAAGAUGGUAAUGGUGGCAUUGGCUCAGAACUCCUUGUUGCUGCCUACAAUAACUUUGUACGAAAAUUAGUUGAUGAAACACUAGAUCGGACCAUCACCUUUUGUGAGCAACCACGUAAUGCGAUAAACGCACUGGAGCGCAUAUGCUCCAAGGCAUGGCCUCACCUGGAGGCGAAACGCCAUCGCAAUCGUAUUCGCGCCUACCUAAAGGCUUGUCGGCGCAACUCCAAGAAAAACCGUGGUCAAAUCAACAUGAAAGAGCCACCUAUGAAUGGUUUGUCUGUGGAGGCCAGACAGAUGGUCGCCACUGCACUCAAUCUCGUCAUGAAGGACAUUGAACAAUUGAGACAGGUAAGUUUUGCCCUUCUGUUUUCCUUUAUUUUCGCGUCACAAAUUUGUCUUUGUUGGUUUCAGGAAUUGAAGAGAGACAACAGUCCUUCAGUAUUUACAGCC